GUCAUUACUUACUACCAAAAAAAUCUGAUCUUUAUCCCAUUCCAGAUAGAAGUACGUCAACCCUUUUCUUCCUCAUCCAGUCUUAAGGUGAAAAAGGCUAAAUUUAGAUUGGUUUUGGUGGUCGAUUUUGGUAGCUUCAAAGAUUACAAGUACUGAACAGUGGGACUUGCUAGUUCAUCCUACCAACCCAUCGAAACAAUUUUUAAAUAUUACCAUUUAUUUUGUCUGAAUCCAUAGCAAGGUCCCCACCGAAAAAAGGCCCUUUGACUAAAGAAGUUAUAGGUGGAUAGCAGCUUUGGGGGAGGUAGGAAGCAGUUAGAGAAGAAACUGGGAAAGAGUAAUGGCUAAUCUAACAGAAAUCCAACAAACAAUUGCAAAAAAUGACUGCCUAAAUGAUAGUAAUACUAGUUUUAACAAUACCAAAAACAACAAUAAGUCUGACAAGGAUUUUGUAGAGAGAGAAGCACGAGAACAAAGAGAAGGAGGAGGGGAGCAAGAUAUGGCUCCGAUAGGGGGAAACCCAAUUCACAGAUCUUCUUCUAGGCCACAGUUGGAUGUCAGUGGUGCUGCAAUUCAGGGGAAUUUUGAGGAGAGGGACCCAACAAUUCUUUUGCCUAAUCAGUCUGAUGAUAUAUCCCAUUUGGCUCUGGAUAUUGGAGGAUCUCUAAUCAAGUUGGUUUAUUUUUCAAGACAUGAGGAUCGUCCAGUCAAUGACAGGAUAAAGAAGACGAUCAAGGAGAGAUUAGGAAUCUCUAAUGGUAACAGAAGAAGUUACCCUGUCCUUGGGGGGCGACUCCAUUUUGUGAAGUUUGAGACAAACAAGAUUAACCAAUGCUUGGACUUUAUCUCAUCCAAGCAACUUCAUUGCGGAGGUAUGGAUGCUCACCUUUGGCAUUCGGGAGUCUCAAAUGAGAAUGCAGUAAUUAAGGCUACAGGUGGUGGGGCAUACAAGUAUGCUGAUCUCUUUAAGGAAAGGCUUGGAGUCAGCAUAGAGAAAGAAGACGAAAUGAAUUGUCUGGUGGCUGGUGCAAAUUUUUUGCUUAAGGCAAUUCGUCAUGAAGCUUUCACUCAUAUGGAGGGUCACAAAGCAUUUGUGCAGAUAGACCAAAAUGAUCUGUUUCCUUAUCUUCUUGUCAAUGUUGGAUCUGGUGUCAGUAUAAUAAAGGUUGACGGUGAUGGAAAGUUUCAGCGGGUUAGUGGAACGAAUGUUGGUGGUGGUACCUACUGGGGAUUGGGAAAACUGUUAACAAAAUGCAAUAGCUUUGAUGAACUGCUUGAGCUGAGUCAAAGAGGUGAUAAUAGAACCAUUGACAUGCUUGUUGGGGACAUUUAUGGUGGAAUGGAUUAUUCAAAGAUUGGUCUUUCAGCAUCAACAAUUGCUUCUAGUUUCGGGAAGGCAAUUUCUGAUAAUAAGGAUCUUGAAGACUACAGAUCUGAAGAUAUUUCUUUGUCCCUCCUCCGAAUGAUUUCAUAUAACAUUGGCCAGAUAUCAUAUCUGAAUGCAUUGCGCUUUGGACUUAAAAGGAUUUUUUUUGGUGGAUUUUUCAUAAGGGGCCAUGCUUAUACUAUGGACACGAUCUCAUUUGCUGUGCAAUUCUGGUCGAAGGGAACAUCACAAGCUAUGUUUUUGCGACAUGAAGGGUUUCUUGGAGCUUUAGGUGCAUUUAUGAGCUAUGAAAAGCAUGGUUUAGACGACCUGAUGGUUCAUCAGCUGGUAGAAAGGUUCCCGAUGGGUGCACCAUAUAUUGGAGGCAAUGUUCAUGGGCCACCCCUGGGAGAUUUGAAUGAGAAGAUCUCUUGGAUGGAAAAGUUCAUUCUGAAGGGAACUGAAAUUACAGCUCCUGUUCCAAUGGCUCCCCCUGGAACUACCGGCCUUGGAGGCUUUGAAGUUCCAUCAUCCCGAGGGGGUAUCUUGCGACCAGAUGCAAGUAAAUUAAAUGUUGGCGUUCUCCACCUGGUGCCAACUUUGGAGGUAUUUCCACUUUUGGCAGACCCGAAAAUGUAUGAGCCAAACACAAUAGAUCUCUCAGACCCUGGUGAACUAGAGUACUGGUUCACUGUGCUGUCAGGGCAUUUGCCAGACCUUGUUGACAAGGCAGUGGCAAGUGAAGGUGGUACAGAUGAUGCUAAAAGAAGGGGUGAUGCAUUUGCUCGCGCAUUUUCUGCUCAUUUAGCAAGGUUGAUGGAGGAGCCUGCUGCUUAUGGAAAAUUGGGGCUUGCAAACCUUUUAGAAUUAAGGGAAGAGUGCUUGAGAGAAUUUCAUUUUUUUGAUGCCUACAGGAGCAUAAAACAGAGGGAGAAUGAAGCGUCACUUGCUGUUUUACCUGAUCUGCUUAUGGAGAUUGAUAGUAUGGAUGAGGAAACAAGACUGCUUAAACUUGUUGAAGGUGUCCUAGCUGCAAACAUCUUUGACUGGGGCUCUCGUGCUUGUGUUGAUCUUUAUCACAAAGGAACUAUCAUCGAAAUAUACAGAAUGAGCCGCAACAAGAUGCAAAGACCUUGGCGGGUUGACAAUUUUGAUGCUUUCAAAGAGAGAAUGCUAGGCUUUGGAGACAAAAAGCCUUACCAACAUAAAAGAGCUUUGCUCUUUGUAGACAAUUCAGGUGCUGAUAUCAUUCUUGGAAUGCUUCCCCUAGCAAGGGAGCUUCUCCGUCGUGGAACUGAAGUUGUGCUGGUAGCAAAUUCCCUUCCAGCAUUGAAUGAUGUUACUGCAAUGGAAUUACCAGAUAUUGUUGCCGAGGCUGCUAAGCAUUGUGACAUUCUCCGGAGGGCUGCUGAAGCAGGUGGCCUACUUGUGGAUGCUAUGAUCAAUAUUCAAGAUGGUUCCAUAGAUAGUUCAUCUUCUGUUCCUUUGAUGGUGGUUGAGAAUGGAUGUGGAAGCCCAUGCAUCGACUUGAGACAAGUUAGCUCAGAGUUGGCUGCUGCAGCCAAAGAGGCUGAUUUGGUAAUCUUGGAGGGCAUGGGACGAUCGUUACAUACAAAUUUCAAUGCAAAGUUCAGAUGUGAUGCUCUUAAGCUUGCCAUGGUGAAGAAUCAACGGUUGGCCGAAAAGUUAAUCAAAGGGAGCAUAUACGACUGUGUCUGCAGAUUUGAACCAGCUAGUUGAAAGCUACACUGAUGCAUCUUACCAGUGGAAAAGAGAACUCCUCUGAGUGCAGCAUCUUGGAUUUGAUUCCAUAUCUUCAAACUGGGGAUUGGGAUUUGUUGAUGAAAUACCUAUAGAGCAACCAAAAGUGCCUUAGGAAGUGAAUUAAUGUUCUGAGUUUUGGGCAUCCAUACUAGUGCCUCAAAACCUGUACAGCUUGGAAAUGUAGAGCAGAAGUAUUCAUCAAAUGACAAGGACUUGAUGUGAUAAUUAAAUAGAUAACAUUUCUUAAAUCAAGUCAGGAGAUUCUAUGCUUGUUUCUCCCUUGACAUGAUAAGUCAUGCAACAUUCUUGUAAGAAAGUUGAUGCGGCCAAUCUUAAUAUCCUUUUAAAAGGACUUUUCUUGCGA